AUGUCCGACCUCCCUCUGAGAGGUCAGGACACAAGACCCCCUGGGAUUCGUCAUAGGGGCUCGGGCUCUGCCCCACCAGCAAACAUACCAGCAUCGGUCGCUGGCUCAUCAUCCUUGGGCGGUGGUGCCUCGCCAAUCUCACCAGACCCUACCUCAACUAGGGCCACAUACUCGACAGUUGUCCCAGCUCGAUCCCACCACACAUCGCCCCGCCGCAGGUCCCGCUCCACCACGGGUUCCACCCAUUCAUCUGAAUAUGAGUCUGACUCGGGGAUGGCCCAACCGCACCAGGAGAUGGAGGUGGAGGGCACUCAGGAAGGCGAAGAGGUCUCGAGGGACCCCUCCGUUGACCUUCUUCUAGAUACCAUUGAGGACCUUCCUGGCGAUCUUGAGGUAUUGACCACCUCCAUUGCGAAGGCCACAGACUGGGUUCUGCAGGCCACACACCACGAUCUGCUCUCCAUCGAUGGGGGCAAUGCCUUUGUGGCUCAGAUGACGGCCUUCGUGAACGCCAUCUUGGCCACCAACUUUGGUCAUAUUUGCGGACCAGGCGAACUCAACAACUUCUCGCUCGCCUCUCUCCUUGAGGCCGAGACAUCUUCCAAGGACGAGCCAACUAUCCACCUGGCUCCUGUGUUCAGGCCUCCUCCUCCUGCUGCCCGUGGGCCACUUGAUGAGGGUGCCGGUGUUGGAGUUUCCUCCAACAUCCUCAUGCAGGCAUUGGACAACCUUGGUUGCCUGGCCUCCCCUUCUCGCAUCCCCGCUUCCAAGAAGUGCAAGGGUGUCAAUCACCCAGUCCCACCUCUGCCUCAGAAGAAGAGCAAGGUGGCCUACUCUCGUCCUGGUCUGCCCCCACCGAUCAACUGCGCUACCAAACCCAAGCCCCGUCCAACGAUGUGGGCAGGGAUUGCUCGUCAGGCCGCGCUGAUGCCUCCCCUGCCUCCUGGCUUGGGACCGCAACGUCGUGGGCCUUCUCCUCCACCCUCAUUCCCAAUGGGUCCGAUGAAGACCUCUCCUCAUUGA